AACGUCAUCACUCCGCGACGAGAGAGAGGGAAAAGAACGGCGCGGCGAUGACGUCAACAAAGCCCCGGUCUGAGGGGCGGGGCUUUCUUAGCGGCGCCCCUCAAAUCCCGUUCCGUCCCGCCGCGCUGCCAUUCCGGGAAGCUUCUCUCCCCGGCUGCUUCCUUCCAUGCGCUGGCGACGCUUUCUGUGCCGAGCGUUCUCAGUUAUGACGGGACCAAGGCCAGUCGUGCUGAGCGGGCCCUCAGGUGCCGGGAAGAGCACUUUGCUGAAGAAGCUGCUGAAGGAUUACGAGAACGUGUUCGGUUUCAGCGUCUCCCAUACCACAAGGAACCCAAGACCGGGAGAAGUCAAUGGAAAAGAUUACCAUUUUGUGACACGAGAAGAGAUGAAGAAGGAAAUCGAUGCUGGAGGAUUCAUUGAAAACGCAGAAUUUUCUGGGAACAUGUACGGGACAAGGUAUGAAAGGAUGUAG